UAAAAUUAAUAUUUUAAUCAACGUGUCGAAAACAUAUCGUGUUGGAACUUUUUUAAAAAAUCGCGUGUCAACGUGUCCGUGUCAGUGCUUCUUAGCUUAUAAAUAUAGGCACGUAAGAUAUGAUAAAUUACCCGAAGAAAUAGUAAAAAAGGGGUGAUAUCAAAACUGUUGAAUAGUUUUCCUCCAUGAUUUUUAAAAAGCGGAUGACAACACAUAAUGGAUUUAUUUUGCUCAAAAGAAAUGCUGGAUACAAUCAAAACGAUGACAGAACCUAUUUAUGUGACUUGUUAGUCUUUGAUAUGGGGAAGAUGUAACCAACACCAGUAAAGUUGAGAAAGCUCUAUGUAGAGAAAUAGUUGGGGAUGAUUCCCAGAUAAGUAAGGAGACUAGAUCUAUGGCAUUUAACAGAGCCUGGAGAAUCAUGUUAGGGUUAGACUUGUGGUGUUCUUUCUGGUCAUCUCCAAUGGAGCCACUGGAUCAUGUUAGUGGCCAGGCUUGUGGUGUUCAUUCUGGUACAUCUGCAACAGAUCAAGAUAGUAACAUGCUUAAGGCAAGUCAAAAUUUUUCUCCAACUUUCAGAAUGAUGAGAAAAACAAUGUACUUCAAGUGAUGGGCUCUUUUCUUCAGGUAAUGAAGCUCCUUCUACAGGCACUAGUGAGAUUACUGGACGGGGGUGUGCUCUGAUACCCAAGAAUCGUGACUGUUCAGUCACAACCCCCUUGCUGAAGGAUCCAUUUGAGAAACUUGACUGCAGCGGUUCUUUUUUCCUCUUUCAUAGGUGGCUCGAACAAAAAUAUCCGCAACCAAACCUUCAUUUCAGUUCCUGCUAGAUCAGGUCGUGCCCUGUGAAGAGGAUUUAUCACAAGAGGAAAGAUAUGGCUCGCACUAGUAAAAGUCAAAAGAAGAAAAAUCCAUCACCUUUUGUUUUCCGCUUUUUCAAAAUAAUGUUCGGCGAUGGCUAUUCAGAUGUUUUGUACUUGCCACCAAUAUUUGUUCAAAAAGUGCAACAAUUUAUUGGUCAACACACUCUUUUGGUGGAUUCAACUGGGAGGCAGUGGCCUGUAAAAAUAUCCAGUAUUGAUGGUUACCUGGCAUUCAAGAAGGGAUGGCAUGAAUUUGCAAUAGACCAUGGUCUAGAGGUUGGGCAUCUUUUGAUAUUCUCCUACAUCAAGGGUGGUAACUUUGAUGUUCGAAUAUAUGGAAGAAGUGGACGGGAAAUAGUGAAUUUUAAUAGUCGAAGGGGUAUAGAAAAGAAAAAAUCUAGGCAGGGUCAAGAAAAGAUCUUGCUGAAGAAUCCAUUUGGAAAAGUGCCAAACAUGGAAACGAAAUCUGCACAGGUAGCUUUACAAGCCAUGAAAGAUAUGUCAUCUGGUUUGGACUCAGAUGUUGCAGUCUCUUUCCUUUUACUGGAAGUGAAAUUCCUAUCGUACCUGGAACUACCGAUAUUUCUUCCACCAAUUGAAGGAGAAAAUGAGGGAGGGCACGGGCUGGUUGUCUACCUUAGAGAUUCAGCCAGCAGACUCUGGCCAAUGCUUCAGACUACCAUAUUCAGCAUUACAUCAUUUUCAGAUGGCUGGAAACAAUUUUGUGAAAAAAACAAUGUCAAGACAGGAGAUUCAUGCAAACUUAAACAUGAAAAAAGCAUUCGGGGGAGCAUCUACAGGGUCGAUGUUAUUAAAAAACCAGUUGUUUAGUCUUUUGAAAUGUGUCGACGAAGCAUGCCUUGCAUGGCUAAAAUAAAUUUCAGUAAACAGGAACCUUGGACUGGUUAUGAAGAUUUCAUAAAAAGUUUAGUAUUUUGUGGCUAGUAAUUGGAUCGUUGGUAUGAGAGGAUGCUGGUGUUUGGACAAUUGUUUGUGUUUUGUACAAUGUUUGGAUCAUUCAAACUGCACUAUGUUCGUGUAUGGACCCAUGUUUUAGCUAAAAUUUUGCAUGUUGGCUUAGUAAGUUUUCUCUACAUUUUGGGUUGAAAAUCGACUCUCUGAUUUUUGCACUA